AUGCCAAAAUUAGAUAAAGAAAUAAAAGAAUUAGGAAUUUUUCUAGAAAAAUAUGUAAACACAAUGAAAGAUGAGAUUGAAAAGUGUGAUGAAAAAUUAAAAACGAAAAAUAUUGAUGAUAAUCAAAAAUCUGAAAUUCAAAAACAAAAACAAGAAUUAGAAGCCAAAAUUCAAAAAGUUCAACCAUAUUUAGACAAGGUUAAGAUUGCCGAAAAUAGCGAUUUUCGAGAUGACGAAAUAAUUACGCUGGAUAUCAUUAAAGAGUUAAACCAAAAAUUAAAAUUAGAUUCAAAAGACAAUUUUUUUGUGGCCAAACAAUCAUUGGAAAAAAAAGAGAGAGCCAUAGCAGGAGGUAUAGGUGGAGGUGCGACAGGUCUUACGGCCGGAAUUAUAGCCGACAAUAUUUCAAAUGCCGAAAUGACCAAAAUGAAAGGUGAAAUAAGUGCUUUUUUGGAGGAAUACAAGAAAAUGAUGGAGCAAAUUUCUCAUGAUUGCCAAAAUGAGACUCAAAAAGAGCAUUAUGACAACGAAACUAAAGAGGCUAAUUUUCGUUUGGGAAAGUUAAGCAAGCAAACCACAACCCGAGAAUAUGGGUUAAUUAACAAGGAAAUAAACAACGCUUUUUUGGUGGAAAGUAUGGGGUUAAAUUUACAGUUAGAGCAAGAACAACAAAUUCUGACCCGUCAAAGCAGGCAAGAAAAAACCAACUUUAAAA